AUGGCCAAGCUAGCAACAAUUGCUACUGUCGUUCAGCUGGCCGACUUGGCCCUGCGCAUGAGCGGCGAAGUCUGCAAGUUUCUCGAUGCUUACAAGGGUACGGACCGCGAUGUGAAAUUGCUAUGGGAUGCAUUGUUACGUGAUGUCGAAGCCAAUGUGCGCAACUUGUGUGAAUACGUCGUACGGUUUCGUAAAUUCCACGACGCGUUUAAGGAGUUUGAGAAUCUCUCUGAGACCAUCAUCGGGGCAUUGGAAGACUACGAUGUUGAUAUCCUCGCUGUGAAAAAGCUUCUACCUCCAAAGCUGCUAGAAUAUAUC